GCUCUCUGCUCCGCUCCUGCGCUCACACAGCCUGCUGCUCUCCUGAGGUUCCUGUCCUGGUGUAACUGUCAGAGCAUAAUGGUGGCUUUUAAAGGCAUCUGGACCAAGGACUUCUGGAGGGCUGUGUCUGGAGAAUACCUGGCCACUCUCAUCUUUGUCCUUCUCGGUCUGGGCUCCACCAUCAACUGGGCUGCGGGGCAAGAAAAUCCUCCCCCAGAUGACCUAGUCCUCAUCUCCCUGUGCUUUGGCCUGAGCAUCGCCACUAUGGUGCAAUGUUUUGGCCACAUCAGCGGCGGACACAUUAACCCAGCGGUCACCGCGGCCAUGGUGGUUACUAGAAAGCUGAGCCUGGCGAAGGCGUUGUUCUAUGUGCUGGCGCAGUGCCUGGGAGCUAUCACCGGAGCUGGGGUCCUCUACCUCGUCACACCUGCUGCUGUCAGAGGGUCCUUCGGUGUGACCACGGUGAACUCCAACAUCUCAGUAGGACACGGCCUUCUUGUGGAGCUCCUUAUCACAUUCGAACUUGUCUUCACCAUCUUCGCCACCUGUGAUCCCAAACGCACAGACCUAGGAGGCUCUGCCGGCCUUGCGAUCGGCUUCGCUGUAGCUAUUGGUCACUUAUUUGCAAUCCCUUAUACAGGAGCCAGCAUGAACCCUGCUCGAUCCUUCGGGCCUGCAGUCGUCACACUUAACUUCGAGAACCACUGGGUGUACUGGGUGGGACCCAUUCUCGGGGGCAUCCUGGCCGCCGGUCUGUAUGAGUACCUGUACUGCCCUGACCCUGAGGUCAAGAAGAGGCUGAAGCAGGUCUUUCAGAAGGACGCUGCAGGGAAAUACAGAGAGGUGGAGACGGAGGACGUUGCUAUCAAGCCGGGCUCCAUCCACACCAUCUCUGAUCUGGAGAAACCUGAGAAAAAAGAUCCUUUCCAGGACUCAACAGGAGAAGUGCUGUCUUCAGUAUGA